AAGUAUAUUAGUCAGUAAUAUUUUUCUGAAUAAUACUUUUAAUUCCGAAUAAACUACAAAUGUAUUUACGAACAAAUUUAAUGGACUUAAGCCAUCCGGAUUACCAUGUUCACCGGAUUAUCGAGGGGUCCGGACUAUCGAGGCUUUACUAUGGUAUAUAUGUAUGUAUGUAUAUAUUGUAUUGUUUAUAUUAAUAUGUAAUAUUGCUAGUUGAAUCAAAUACAUAUGAAUAACGUUAAUGACAAUUGGUAUUGAUAAAUAUCGCAAUAACCCGCAUUUAUGGGACAUUUAUAGAACUCGUUUUUAUGUUUAUUUUAAUCUACGACAUUAAUUAGUGUAAUUUAUGUAUUAUAAACGGCUGCCCAGAUUAAGUGAAAUCCGGACUAAUGAGGUUCUACUGUAAUGUUUUGAAGUGUUUCAAUGUUGAAAAGGAACACUCUACUGUUGUUGUAAAAUCUGGUAGUUGCCAAAACGUUCAACAGAAAAUUUAUGUUUUGAUAAAAAUUUACAUCACGUGUAUCCAAAAAAUCCAUCAUUCUAGGGGGGGAUUAUUUUUUUUUAUAUAUUUAUCAAUUUCUCACGCUAUUAAAAAUAUUCAGACAUGGACACUCUAUCUGACACACAGUCUUCGUAAAAUAUAUUUUAUUUUUUAAGUUUUGAUACAUUUUAAUUUAAAGCAAAUUUUGCUAUUAAGAUUUUAAUCGAUGAUAAACUAUCAUUGUUAUACUUAAAACGGUUAUCCAGAUUUAAAGUGAGAGUAUUUAUUGAUGUAACAAAUAUAGAUGCUUUAUACUCUAUAGUCAAUAAUAUUCUUUUAGUGAGUUACAAUCAUAAUUUCCCCUAAGUUUUUGCUUUUUACUGAUGCGAGAACAUAAAAUAUCUGAAUUAAAAUAAUGUUUUAUAAUACAAUAGCAUCAUAAAAAAUGGAUGAAAAUGAUUUUAAAUUACGAUUACGUGUACAAUUAUAUAAUUUACUAAGGCAGCAUACCCCUACAAUAUUUUUCGAUAAUAAUUGAAGUUAUCGACGUUGCUGACGUGCAUUGUGUCCGCUAUUAAAUAAUAUUCCAAAUUCUACCGUUCCACAGUGAUUUAUUUUUGUAUCACAAUACAAUAUAAUACUUUUUGAAUAACACGUGGAUAUUUAAUAAAAAAGUUUUUCAAUUUGAUUAAAAUUAUAAAAGAUUACCAUUUUAUAUGACGGCAUGGACAAAUUCUGGAAGGUACUUGGAUCCAAGAACCUCUCCUGGUUACAUGCUUGCAGCAACAUUAUGCAUUAUAUUAAUAGUUUGUUUAAUUUUCAUUUGAACAAAUGUUUAUUAUAAAGUAUAAACGCAUAAUAUAUUAAUAAUUGAGCAUAGUGUCCGACGCUCCGACGUCUCGACGUCUGUCACUUUUUUAUGAACUCAAUACCUUAUUAAAACUGACCUAACCCUUCGGGUUCUAUUGUAUGUAUGAUAUUUAUAUAGGUUAAUGGUUAAAUCGAUUACUCGAUUUGCGAAAGAAAAAAAUUAUUAUAGGUCUUUUUUUUAAUUCCGUUUGUCAAGUGUCAGGAGACAGGAAGUCUACACUUGUUUCCUGCACACUUCAUGCACAAGUUUUAUUCGACGUCGUGCGUAAUUUAUUGAUAUCGUCCAUCGAAAGUUGUACACCGGCUGCGCGCCACUGUAUUAUACUAUAGGUAGGUAGGUACUUUCAUUACACGAAUCGAAUGGCUUUAAAAUAAUUCUCUCUCUCUUCUUUAUUCCUCGUCGGACGUCUGAGCGAAUAUAAUGCAUUAUAAGUACAUAUAUAUAUAUAGCGUGUACUCCGUCCAACGAUCGUCGUUGAUUGAUUGAUUGUUCGCGGGCAAAAAUAGGUUUUCGGAGUAGGUUGUCGUGAUGGUAUGUGCAUUAAGUCUGCGAGCGCGUCAUAACCAACUGGCAUUCAAACGAAACCUUCGGUUUUCGUCGCACGCGGUCGGCGGCGAUGGUGGUUAACGCGGUGUGAAUGCGCGCGAGGGUGAACGUAAACUAAUCGAUACGACGUGACGCGGCACGCUCGGAGGGGAACUUUUAGACGCGCGUGUGUGGGCGGGCGGGUGGCCCCCGUGGCGUGGUGUCCGCGCGCACAUUCCACCGCCGUUUCGCUCCCCUCGGACCGUCGUCGCGCAUCCCUAGCCAGUACCAAUCGUCGCGCCGUCCGAGCGCCAUCGACGUCUGCCAUGCUUGAUCCGUCCCGAGUGUUUUGUCGUCGCCGCCGCCGUCGUUUCCGUCAUCGCGUCGUCGUGCACCGUCUCGACUGGCGGCGUUAGACCGCCAGCGCACACACACUCGCGCAAUCGUUUAACCACCGCCGCUAUCGGUCGUGGUAUACACUGCAGUGGUAACCGGUGCUAACGACUGGUGUCGCCGCCACGGGUCGGGAUCGUGCGAUGCGCAGCGGACCAUGACGCUGUGCCACAGCGAGACCAGGAGAAAACAGCGGCGCGUCCACGGGCUGCAGAUGCCGUGGCACCCGCAGCAAGUGGCCGGUUGGCUGGUGUUAGCCACGUUCGGCGCCUGUUCGUUUGGAGUGCUGUUGCCCGGCCUCGGGCCCGACGUCUAUCCGGUCGCGCUGUUCGUGCUGGGCAGCCUGUUCUUCUUGCACGUCGUGUCGCACGUAGCCGCGCUGCUCAUCGACCCCGCCGAUCCGCAGCUCCGGGCCACCGGCGACGACGCUCGGUCGUCCCGGAAGUCCGUCCCCGAGCUGGACAAGACCAAACACGCGCACGUCAUCGAGAACGGCAAGUGUCACUUGUGCAAUAUCUACACUUCCGGUCACCGGACCAAGCACUGCGGAUCGUGCAAUAAGUGCGUGGAGAAAUUCGAUCACCACUGCAAGUGGCUGAACCACUGUAUUGGCGCCAGGAACUACGUGGCGUUCAUCGUAAGCGUCGUGUCGGCCGUGCUUGCGUGCCUGGUGAUCGUGCUCGUGUCGUCCGCCGAGCUGGUCAUCUACAACGCGGACCCGAUGCACGUCGAACACUACCUGCGUCCGAUGUUCGGCACCAACCAGACCAUCCAGGUGAACCAGCUGUUCAGCGUCAGUCGACUGUCGGUGGACCGGAACGUGUUCGUGGCCGUCGCGUCCGUCCAGUGCUUUUUGGCCCUGGUCGCCAUGGUGCUGCUACUGCACUUGUGCGUGUUUCACGUGUACAUAUCCGCGCUGGGCAUCACCACGUACGAGUACAUCCGAAACUACAGACGGUAUCCGGAGUUCGACUCCAGGAACGGGGCGGCUGCGCUGUCUUCAUCGUCGUCGCUGUCCGACAAAAACGCCUCGAUGUCUUCGGGAUGCUGCGGUAACGCCGCGGGCCGGAAGUCCGUCAUGGCCAGAGUGUACAACUCGGCGUGCUGUUACGGCGCGGUGGCCACGGGCCGGCGCAAGCGGCCGUCGUGCGGCAUCCACUCGAACCUGAACGGCGCGAGCCGGAACAACCAGGAAAGCGGCGCCCACGACGAUAUGACCGUUGAGACGGUCGAGUCCUACGGUCGCGGUAGUGGCUCUAGUAGACUGCUACAACAACCCAAGGACUUGGAUCGGACGACGAGACCGGAAGACCGCGAGCAGCAAAACGCACAGCCAAAGUGCCGGUACUGUCUGGAGAAGAACAGGAUACGGGGUGACGGUGCGCGGUUUUUCGUGUUGGGCAAACGCCGCAAAGGGUUCUGUUGCUGCUUCCAGAAACCCGAGCCGGUAUUUGGUCGAACCGCCGCCACAGCCGCCGCCCACCACGUCAAAGUCCCGCCAUCGCCUUUUGCAGUUCGCAGGAAUCGUGUCAUACCCACCGACGGCGGUCAGCUGUCGUUGGUCGUCGACGAGUGGAAAUCGUUCAACUCGGGCACGCUGCCGGCCUUGCCGCACGCGGCCGGCCACCGUCAGAUGCAAAAGAUCACGCUCAAGGAGCUGGGCCAGGUGUUAGCGUUCGUCGAACAACAGCCCUUGAAAACCAAGCGGCGCAAGAUUGGAAGCGGAAACGGGCAAAUAAAACACUCAAAGUCGUCGUCCAACCUGUCGCCGAUUCACGAGUCGGGACUGUCCAACCCGUCAACGCCGCAGCUGAAAAACCGUUACCCACAGACCAGGCCGUGCAGUUGGCUGUCGUCGUCACCGCCAGCGCCGCCGCCGCCGCCACCAUCGUCUUCCUCCCCUCACAACACUUCUAAAACCGCGUGAUUUAUGUGUGUUUGGGUUUUUCCAUAUCCACCCUUUUUCCUUCCCCCUAGACACACGUGAUGCGUGCGCGCACAAUUCGCAUUUCGUUUUUAUCGUAGACUCUUCGUGGACCGAUAAAAUAUUUUAUGAACGACAGCGUCUGGUAAUCAAAAUUGUAAACCUUAAUAGUAUAUAGUUUUACUACCGUGCAACCAUGUCCGAACCGAAACGACUUGGAUCGGAUUGCCACCGACCGACGAACGAAUCGACCAACGAUCGUGGUUUCCGUUUCCCAUUGUUUCUGUUCUGAUGUCACGCGUAAUGCAACUCUUCCGUAUAGCAGUGUAUAUGUAUAUAGGACAUAUAGGUACCUAUUUGAUUUAACGCGAAUGAGAACGAUAACUAUAUCGAAUGUUACUGCUCUGGUAAGAUAAAAUGCCGUUAAUCGCUUAAGAACGUUUUUGAAGAAAAAAUACACUUCUGUAUUUCGCAUUUUCUUAAGGUUCAUAAUGCUUCCUACAUAAUAAUAUUUCUUAUAAUAUAACACGUGAUUUCUAUGUAAAUUUACACGAGAAAUGCAAUGAAAUAAAAAUAAAUAUGAUGAAACGCAUUUUUAAAUUGAUAUAGACUUGUUUCAUGAGGAAUAAGUAAGAAGUGUAUGUAUUAUAAUUAUACAAGUUAUAAUUUAUGGUAUAAUAGUAAUAUCUUGUUUGUUGAGCAGUACUUUAAACUAACCUAAAUGAAUUAAAUUUUAAAAUUUUAAUUUUUUUUUUUUUGGACGGCAUUUUAGCUUGAAAAGACAGUGUUUAUGUCAUCGAUGUCAUACGUAAAUGUACAAAAUUCUGUAGAGGAAUAAACCACAAAUAAUUGUAUUAAAAAUAAUUUGGAUUUUAUUGUUUUUAUUUUAUAUACUUACAUAUAUAUAACUUAAGUAGGUACCUAUUUAUUAUAUUGUACAUUAUACUCAAAGUAUUAUACCUACCUAGUUCUCCCCUAUUUAAGACUAAUAGUGACUACCAAAAUGUUUUCAAUGUAACAUGUAUUUGACGUUUCCAAAAGUCAACAACAAACGACUGCAACCCAUUUAAAUCAAUAAUGAUGUUUAAUUUUCCUAAUGACCAAAUAAAAAAUGAUUACUGAGCAUGCGAUAUUAUAAUAUUCCUUAUCAUGUGAUAUAUAGGUACCAAUUGUAAGUCAUCCUUUCUUGUUGUACUAUUAUAUUAAUAUUUUAAUACUUUUCCAUUUUUAUAUAUUCAUUUA